AUGUUGUCUUACACAUCCUACCUGCUCACAGCAGCAGCUGCUUUGCUAGUGACGUGCCACGCUCUGUGUCUAAUGGAUUCUCUGGACAUUGAACUCAACAAUGAUUUAGUAAAUUUGAGACACAGAAUAUCCAGACUUGAAGGCGUUCUUGCUUUGAAUGGCAAAAUAAGAGAAGUAGGAGACAAAAUACUUGCCAGCAAUGGGAAGGAAGUUGAUUUUGAAUCUGGACUAGGAUCCUGUGAAGAAGCUGGAGGAACUGUUGCAACUCCCAUGAACGAGGAGGAGAAUAAAGCUAUUUUGGAUAUUGUGAAGCAGUAUAACCGAUAUGCUUACUUGGGCAUUAAAGAGAGUGAGACUUCAGGUCAGUUUCUGUACAUAGAUGGCACAGCUCUGAAUUACACCAAGUGGCACCCACAUGAGCCUAAUGGCAAAGGGGCAGAAAAAUGUGUAGAGAUGUACACUGAUGGGAGCUGGAAUGACAAAAAAUGCAACCUGCGACGCCUCACAAUCUGUGAAUUUUAA